GUCAUUGUAAUAAACUGUAGGAAACGAACCGCAUAAACACUUGUCUACUCCUACCCUCACACUCACUCCCCACUCUCCCGCGACGGCUUUUCCUCAAUUUAUGUCAGAAACCUGAGAAUUUUCGAUCAAAGCUCCGAACUAAAGCCCGAGCCCGAAUAUGACCCGAAUCUCCCGGAGAAACCCUCGGGGCAAGCCCAAAAGCCCUCCGGAUGGCGAUCAGCUACAUACUGACGGAAGUUCGAACCCAAACACCCGAAUACCCGGUGGCAGGGACCGUAAUGCCAAUCGAAUAAUGAGUUUCACCCUCAAGAGUUUGUUCUUUUCUGGAAUUCUUCUCUUCAUAAUUGGAUUGUUCAUGAAGAAUUACUCGUCGAACUCUGUUAAUAAGAGUAUGAGACCCAGAGUCGUUACUCCAUUACCAGCUCCAAAGCUCAUGGAUCUUUCUAUGUUUGAAGGGGAGCACAAGGAGAGUUUAUACUGGGGAACGUAUAGGCCUCAUGUUUAUUUUGGAAUUCGUGCGAGGACUCCGCAAUCUCUGCUUGCAGGUUUGAUGUGGAUUGGUGUCAAGGAUGGCAGAUAUUUCAUGAGACAUGUAUGCCAAGAUUCGGAUGAGCUUAAGACAUAUGGUUGGACACAUCACAAUGGACGGGAUUAUGGGCGUCAAGUGCUGGUCGACCAGAACUUGAAAUUGACAACAAGUUUUCUGAAAUCUAUGGAGAAAGAGAGCAGUUAUGGAGGGGACUGGGCAGUUCGAAUUGAAGCACAAAGUGAAGUACUUAAAGAGGAAAUGGAAGAUACUGUGCACCUGUUCUUCUAUGUUGCUGAGGAAGGUGGGAAUGCUCUGUAUCUGGGUAGUGGUCGCUCAGAUAUUCCUGAUGUCUACAUUCUGGCGUUUGGUUCAAGGAAUGAUAUUGGUAGUUGGCAGCUUCAUUUAGAAUCAAAGGAUGGCUUUGAGUUCCACUAUGCUGGUUUCAAGACAAAUCACAUUCACAAUUUAUCCGAACUUGUCCAGACCAAUCUUGGAGUUCAGGCUAGGACAGUGGGUCGGUUACAGCUUUCAGAUACAUCUGAUGAUGCUCCAAAUAUUCUGGUUUUCCAGAUCUCAGCAAUGAUUCCUUUCAAAGCAGAUAUUGCUUUUGUAUCAAGAUCAAGUGGCUCUAGUUCAAGAACUGAAGAUGGUGUCAGAAGCCUUUUGGGGGAGUCACUGACUGGUCGUCUAGAGCAGAAGCAGAAGCAAUUUGAUGAUAAAUUCGAAAGAUGCUUUAAUAUUUCUGAUGAGCUUAAUUCUGAUGCCAUUACGGUGGGUAAAGCAGCUCUCGGGAAUUUGUUGGGAGGGAUUGGCUACUUCUAUGGCCAAUCUAAAAUUUCACUGCCACCAUCCUCUAAACGAUUACCUGGUACGAAUUAUAUUUCAUAUUGGCCAGCUGAGCUAUACACUGCAGUGCCAAGCCGCCCCUUUUUUCCUAGGGGGUUUCUCUGGGAUGAAGGUUUCCACCAGCUACUGAUCUGGCGUUGGGACGUCCACAUUUCUUUGGAUAUCAUUGGGCAUUGGUUAGAUCUAAUGAACGCCGAUGGAUGGAUUCCACGUGAGCAAAUUUUAGGUGCUGAAGCUUUAAGUAAGGUACCAUCGGAAUUUGUGCUUCAGCAUCCAACAAAUGGAAAUCCCCCGACAUUAUUUUUGGUUUUACGAGAUUUGGUUUGUGGCAUUAAGAAAAACAAGUUUACUGCUUCAGAGAAAAAUGACAUCUCCACCUUCUUACGACAAGCAUUUGUGCGUCUUGAUGCAUGGUUUAAGUGGUUUAAUACUACUCAAUCAGGAAAAGAUGCAAACACCUACUAUUGGCACGGAAGAGACAAUGUAACCACACGUGAACUGAAUCCAAAGUCGCUGUCUUCUGGCUUGGAUGAUUAUCCACGUGCAUCACACCCUAGUGAAGAUGAACGUCACUUGGAUCUUAGAUGUUGGAUGCAUCUUGCUGCAGAUUGCAUGAGUUCCAUUUCAGACAUUCUUGAUGACAGUGACAUUGGAAAGGAGUAUGGCUUGACAGCAAAUUUACUCUCAGAUUUUGAGCUUUUGAAUCAGAUGCAUUUUGAUCAGAACAAUGGAGCUUAUUUUGAUUAUGGGAAUCAUACAGAGAAGGUUCGUCUAAGUUGGCGGCUGGCAGAAGCAGCUGGCAAUCACCCGAAUCGUGAACUUGUUCGAGAAGUUCUAGAGAAACCUGUGCUGAGACUGGUUCCUCAUAUUGGUUACGUCAGCCUUUUUCCAUUUAUGAGCAGGCUUAUACCGCCUGAUUCAUGGAUGUUGGAAAAACAGCUUGAUCUCAUCUCAAACACAAGUACUCUGUGGACCAACUUUGGACUAAGAUCUCUAGCCAAAACAAGCUCACUAUACAUGCAACGCAACACUGAGCACGACCCACCUUAUUGGAGGGGCCCAAUUUGGAUGAAUAUGAACUAUAUGAUUCUUUCCGCGCUUAACUAUUAUUCUAAAGUGGAUGGGCCGUACAGAGACAGGGCCAAAACCAUUUACAAUGAUUUGAGAAACAAUUUGAUCCGAAAUGUGGUCAGGAACUAUAAAGAGACCGGCUACUUGUGGGAACAGUAUGACCAAAAGAAAGGGAAGGGAAAAGGCGCACGGUUGUUCACUGGUUGGACAUCACUUAUAGUGUUGAUCAUGGCUGAAGCCUACGCUGAAUGUUAGGAGUUCUGCCUGAAGUUACAGCAAAUACAGCUUCUAAAUUUCAUCUAUGCAAGGUAAAAACAUGACUGGCUUUAGAUAUAUAGUAUGUAGCUGUAGUAACAAUUUUUGGGGCGAAAGGGAAAAGGGUGGAGCUAUCUAACUACAGAUGUGAUCUGAUCUUUGCUAAAUUAGUUGAUUUACAGUGUCCACAACAUACAUAUAGUUCAAGAUUUAACUUUAUACCAUGUGAUUGACUGUUGGCAGCACAUUUCUAGACUGUUGUUGGGUUAUGUUUAUCUCAAAGAACGAUUGAAAAAACUAAUUUUGGAUUAUCCUCAAUAGAGAUAUGGUUUUGGACU